AUGGAUGGCGGUGGAACGUCUAGUAUGAAAUCAGACUAUGAAAAUUGGGGUGAUACACCUGACGACCCCCAAUAUUGUGUCACUGAGGUACCUGACAAUGAGUAUGACGAGGAAACGAACACGGAUCCAAACUAUGCUGAGAUCUUGAAUCUACUCGAUAGUCUGUUCAGAGUGAUUGAAGAACUUCACUUUAACAUACAACAAGCUUAUCGAGUUGUGCGUAUUCCGCAAAGCACGUCACUUUUGACGGGUCAUAUGUGGAUCCAUUGGGUCCUGACAAGCCCAAACCCUAAUACAUGCUACGAGCGCUUCCGAAUGUAUCCCUCCACCUUCAUGAAACUAUGCAGCACAUUAAAAAAUAAUGGCUAUCUGGGGAAUAGCCGAUAUGUUAAGAUCAUAGAGAAAGUAGCAGCCUUUCUCUUAAUUGUUUGCCAAGUGCACUCGCAGAGGAGUGUGGCCGACAGGCUGCAAAGAUCGACUCACACCAUAAGCACAUAUGUUGGGCAAGACUGCAUAGGUGCCAUUGAUGGCACACAUAUAAUGGCUUGCGUAACAAAUCACGACACGGUGCCAUUUAUCAAUCGCAAAAAACCCCCAACACAGAAUGUUAUGUGCGUGACAGACUUCGACCUUUACUUCACGUUCGUUUGUAGUGGGUGGGAGGGCAGUACUGUGCACGAUUCACGAAUUUUCACAUCCACUAUAAGCGAUCCUGUGAUGCGCUUCCCAACACCGGUCGAAGGCUUUUAUUAUUUGGUGGAUUAUGGAUAUGCUUGCUCUAAAGGGUUCUUGCCCCCGUACCGCAACGAACAAUACCACAUGCAAAACUUCCAUGGUAGUGGAGCCCAACUUCGGAGGAAGAAAGAGUUGUUUAACCAUAGACACUCUUCACUACGAUCGGUGGUGGAACGAACUUUUGGGAUCUGGAAGAAUCGGUUUAAGAUUUUAGAAAAUAUGCCACCAUAUGAAAUCCCGGCAUAA